AUGGUAACUAUAAUAAAGAACCAAUUGUUAAAACAUCUAUCAAGGUUCACUAAGAACUUAUCACCAGAGCAGAUCUCUCUCUCAGCUCUCAGAGGAUCUGGUGAGCUGCAAGAUUUGACACUGGAUGAGGAUCUUCUGACUGACUUAUUGGAACUGCCUGGAUGGGUGCGACUAACUUCUGCAAAAUGUAAUCGUGCAUCAUUUAGGAUACAGUGGACCAAACUAAAGACAGUUCCUAUAGUGUUGAAUCUAGACGAAGUCCAUAUAGCUCUGGAAGUAUGUACAGAACCACGCGUCAUGAACCCUGGCGCUACUUCCGCUAUGCCCGCGCCGGGCAAGUACAGCUACAUACACAAGGUGAUAGAUGGGAUAUCAGUGGCUGUGAAUCAAGUGCAAAUAGAAUUCAAAUGUGAUGCUUUCACCAGUAGUGUUCAGAUUUCAAGAGUGACGGUGGAGUCCCGAACACCGGAAGGGCGAAAGGGCGAUCUCAGACUGACUAGAAUCAAAUCCCCAGACACUGGGCAACUGCUUAUUUUUAAGGAACUGGAAUGGCAAAGUGCACGAAUAGAAGCGAAAGCGCACGGCGCGGCGGCAGCCAACCUCCCUCCCCUGAGGCUUCUGUUGGGGAACACGCACUGUAGGAUAGUCAUCAAGAAACGUUUGUCAGACUGCCGCGUGCUGGGGUCGCGGCUGGUGCUGCGGCCGGAGCCGCUGGCGUGGGCGCUGACGGACGGGCAGCUGCGCGCCGCGCUGGCGUGCGCCGCCGCGCUGGCCGCGCCCGUGCGCCGCGCCACGCGCGCCGCCACGCGCGCCAAGGCCGCGCACAAGAUAAUAGAAGAACCCAGAGACCAAAUACAAAGUCGUCCUGUCUCCGGGGACAGGGAUAUCCUGGCGCGGAUGUUCGCAAAGCACGAUGUUCGAGAAACUUCCUACCACCUGCUCGCGCCGCGGGUGGAUCUGCACCUGUGUGACGAUCCGGGAUUGGGAAGGUCAGAAAUGCCGCAGCUAGCGAAUGGCGGUGCACUACAAGUGACACUCGUCAGUAUGCAAGCGGACCUCUUCCCCUACCACAAGGCCUCUAAUGACAGACGACAUUGGCGGGGAUAUAGAGAAGCAGCGACUCCUCACAGCCAAUGGCUGUCACAGGCGUUGUCGUCCUUCUGCACUACGCUGCUCGAAACUCUGGAUCCUAGACCGGUUGCUCCUAGCACUAAGUCAACGAAUGAAUCCGAGCGUGUAGAAGAGCCAGUGUCCAACGGCAUCAAUCACCGCGCGCCCGCGCCCGCGCCGCCGCCGCCCAACACCGUUACCUCGCAAGCGUCGCCCACAAGAACACGAAUACUGCAGCAGCUCGGGAAACUAAUGACUACGUGUCUUGUGCUUAGGAUAGACGAUUUUACAGUUUAUAAGGUAUCAACCGGAUCGAAAUCUCGAGAAACCCCACGGCCAUUAGUGAGUGCUGAAAAAGCAACUUUACCGGGCGAUGCGGGACUUUUGCACGCAGAACUGACCUUCUUCUACUAUCCUGGGGAUGUAUGCUUCCCUGUGCCAUCUCCCAAGCUGUACGUGCAGCUGAGCCCGGUGCGCGUGUCGGUGGACGUGCCCAGUAUACUGUGGCUGGCGGCCUUCCUGCCGCAUGUGGGCGCCGCCGCCGCAGACAACGCGCCCAAAGACGACACCUCCUCGUAUAUUGAUGUGCGGGCCGAGGCUAUAAUGCCUAAGAUUGUUCUAGAAGCAGGUCCAGAACACGUCUCGCAGCAACGUGACAGACCCAAAGAGCUACAUAUAUGUACCGCUAGAGCUACUUUCACUAAUGUACGAGAAUCAUCACGAUCAAAUACAGCAGGCAAUAGGGCUGACUUGGCUUCCAUAAUAUCUGCCGUUAGAAGAUCUGCACCACCCCGGGGACAGUUCCCAUGUUCCGCCGACGAUAUGGAUCCUAUACAUGAACAGUUCUUGCUGCAUGCUGAUAAUCUAGACGACAUAGACCGUGGCACAGCUAUAACGCCCGAGCUCCUGUGGCGGGAGAGCCGCGCGGUGUGGUGCGCGCGCGUGGAGCCGCUGUGGGCGGACUUCUGCGGCGCGCGCGCCACCAACUACAAGCCCUCGCCGCUGCUGGACGCCACGCCGCUCACUGCCUGGGUGUGUUUCGAAGACGGCUUCAACCGCAUCUGGGUGAUAGGUCGCACGUGCGGCCUCAGUGGCCUCCAGCUGAACCACUACCAGCUGCUGUUCCUGCUGCGCCAGCUGGAGCGCAUGGGCGAGCUGGCGGCCUGGCUCGCGCACCAGGUCGCCCGCCUGCCGGAGGAAGACCAGGGAUCUCUAGUAGUGGGUCUCGUAGUGCCGGCGGUAGAGGUGACGUUGGUGCUACCAACAAGCUGUCCAGGUCAGGAGUCGUCCAGAGACCUGGACAGUGUACCACUCGAUUCCUCCAGCCUAAAUGAUCUGAAAAUGGGGUCUGAAGCAACAAUGGCGCCGUCCAUGUUGGACCGGGACAGCGGGGUGCUCGCCACGCAGGGCUCCAUAGAGGUGUGCACGGCACUGCCCCUGCCUGCUGAGGAGAUGGCUCCUCCCAGUCCUGGGCUUGGGUUUGGAGGAUCAUUUCCCACUCUACCCGCUGAGGAUAUACCGUCUAUGACCACCUCGAUAAGUUUUGGAGGUUUCUCGUCGAUGCGUCGCGGGCUCACUUCGCUGGUGACGUCGAUAGACAGCGCCCUCACGCGAGAUGACUGCAGGAGCGACGCGGCAUCCACCGCAAGCUCGGAUAGCGACCGUUAUGUGGUAGUUGGACUGGCGACGGAAUCUCCUGAUGAUGCUGAUGUUGCUUUUCGAGAGUUCGAACACGGACGUCUGUCCAGUGGAGUAGAAGUUGCGGCAGAAGUAGUCGAACGAUCGUCAUCUCCCAGCGACCACUCCAUUACAAGCUCUUGCAAGCGUCGUGACGUGAUAUCGACUUGCACUCUACGUCUGAACAACAUACAUCUAGUGCAGCAGAGUGCGAACGGAAAGUCCUGUAUGAGAAUUGUAGCAGAUGAUCUGAAGAGCGAUGAGUGUUCCUCCAUACCCUGGGACGAGUUCCAGAAUAAGUUUUCGAUGCGUGCUCGGGCGUGGUCGGAGCCAACCAAUGAUGAAGAUGACUUCAAGCCAAAGGAAACGCCACGUGUCGCAGCUAGGCUUAUAAGGACAGAACUGCCGAGGACGUUAAAUGAAAAGGGAGAACCAAUAGGGCUGGCUCCUUAUGAGGAAAUUUUAGAAGCUCGUAUACGGGAAUUAAGCAUCGCUCUCAAUAUGAGCACAGCCCUAGCUUUAUCUGAGUUUAUUGAGGACGAGGUGGUAUUGCCACCGAUGCCUUUAGAGGUGCUUAUAGAAAAUGUGAAACUUCACUUAGUAGAAGAUCGACCAACCCGCUCGAUAUCAUCCCCACCUCCUCAACCCUUAGAUCUAGAUCUUACCACCCUUCGUCUGAACAGGGACUCCUCAGGAGUGGUCCACUUAGGUCCCACGAUUCCGUCUAGAACAGUCUCUCCUAGUAGUCCACCUCCUGAACUGCAGCAGGCAAUGGAUGAAAUACAAAGGUUGAAUGAGGAAAAUGAAGAACUGAAGAAACGGUUAGCCACUUUGAAUCGGAUAGCGGAAGAUAAUAGGGAGUUAAGGGCCAAAGCGGAGGAGGCGUCCGUGCUGCGGCAGUGCGCGCACGCGGCGCAGCAGGAGGCGGCCAGCCUGCUCGCCGACAAGCACGAGCUGCUGGAGGCGGUGCGCUCCUUGCAGGAACAAAUAUCGGAAUGUUUAUUGUGUCCUCAAAGUAAUAGGAUCGGAUCAGUGAUCAUUUAUAUUAUUGGAUUACAGUUUCUAGUUCGUACAACGAAUAAACUAGACAGAAUAACAGUAGAAAGUGCAUCGAUGAGACGCCGC